ACAGGGAGCAGCAGCAGCAGCACCGGGAGGAAGAGGAGGAGGAGGGCGCCUUGUACGCACGGCAUGUAAACAAUACAUGUAAGUUAGCAAAUAAUGCUGAGUGGGAGCCGCAGCCCGAGGUGCUGAAGUGGAUCGGGAGCUCCCCAGCCUGGACUUCUCCCCACACCCGUUUUCCAGCGGGAGGGAGGGACGGAGCCAGGCCCCGAGGGCGCGUGGGGAGCGCGGCGGCGGCGGCUGCAGGGAGCGAGCGAGCGAGCAUGGCUUUCCAGCAGCUGGCGGACGUGGCGGAGAAGUGGUGCUCCAACACCCCCUUCGAGCUCAUCGCCACCGAGGAGACGGAGCGGAGGAUGGAUUUCUACGCCGACCCCGGCGUCUCCUUCUACGUGCUGUGUCCGGACAGCGGCUGCGGGGACAAUUUCCAUGUGUGGAGUGAAAGUGAGGACUGCUUACCUUUCCUGCAGUUGGCACAGGACUACAUCUCUUCCUGUGGUAAAAAGACACUCCAUGAAAUACUGGAAAAAGUCUUCAAAUCUUUCAGGCCUUUACUGGGGCUUCCAGAUGUCGAUGAUGAUGCAUUUGAAGAAUAUAACGCAGACGUGGAAGAGGAGGAACCAGAAGCCGAUCACCAACAAAUGGGUGUCAGCCAGCAGUAAUUAUCUGAGGAAUUAAAAGAUCUUAAUCCCUUGGUACCAGGUGGGGUCAUGUGCUCCUGCAUUAGCAUUUUUGAAUUAGCGCAUCACAUGGGAAAUAUGGCUCCCAGAAUCAAAGUUUAAAAAAAAAAA